CUGGUGCUCUGGGGCGGGGUCGAGGCGGGGGGAGGAGGGAGAAGCAGGGAAGGAGCCCGGCCAGUCCCUCACCGGAAGCAGAAGUUGUGGCCCCCAUCCCCCAUAUCUCAAGAUGGAUGGAGUGGUCUCAGACGCAGUUGGAGUUGCCCGGGCAAUUGUGCCCGGGGCACACUCCUAACCCCAUAGUCUUUGUUGGAUCUUUGGGGAGGGGAGAGAUGGGAAGGAAAGUUCCCUGAAUGGGGAGAAAAGGGAUCCCACCCACUCACCUCUGCCCCUCCCUCACAGCCGGCUGCUGGGAGCUUGUGAACCCCUGGUGCAGCCUGGUGACUCUCACUGCCCACCUGAAGCAGAGAGGGCAGGUUUCCCCAGAAGCAACCAUUGCCCUCUUGGCUGAGGAUGGGCAGCUGGUGAACCUGGGAGAAGACCUGGAGACUUCCCCCAUCCCCAACAUGGGUAGUUCCCUGCUGGAGGAACGAGGGACCUAUGUCCUGGUGCACAUCGUUAUGGGAGAGAAUGGAGCCCCCACCCGCUAUGAGUCCCUGUUGGAAAACCUGGAAGACCAGUGUCCAGAACUGGCAGAGGAGCUGCGCUGGCUGUCAGGUCUCCCUGCCACAUGUAAUGGCCGAAGGAGACGCACUGGCACUAGACGUGGCCACCAGGAGCAAGCCCCCACUUCAAGGUCCCGAAGAAUGGGCUCCCUGCAGUCCAGGACCCGUUAGCUGGAGCCAGGUACAAAGGAGAUACGGACACAACCAGGAAGUUACACGGAGAAGUGUGACCCCUUUCCUGGAGAACAGACUCAAGUAUAUGCUGAGAAAGGUAGACUGUCAGUAUCAACCCCAUACUUGUCUACUCCCAAGAUGGAACACCUUGUACUCAGAGCAGGUCCCAGGAUGCCAUUGGAAUGUGACCAUCCUAAGGACAGGGAUACCCUCAGUGCUUAGGAGCCUUGGAAGGUGUGAAACACAGUGCUCAGUGAACAACUGCUGAAUGAACUCAGGGAACGUGGUGCAACAGGGUAUGAUGGAGCAGGCAUUGAAGAGCCUACUCCUCUGUUCUGCUCCACUUUAUGACCUGGCACAACAAAGUCAAGUGGCCAAACUGGACCUGGAUCCAAGGGGGCUGGUCCUGAUCUCAGCCUCAUGUGAUCAGCUAAAACAGACAGCAGCUCAGCAGGAUUCCUCUUUCAGAAUCUGGAAUUACUGAGAAGUUGCAUCAGCAAGAGGGGCAAAGUCACAGACAGAUGUAAAGCCCUAAAAUGCUGAUGCAAAGAAAGGGAUUCAGAAGCAGAAACAAGAAGGGUGGAGAGGUUGGGCGCUGGUGCUCAUGCCUGUAAUCCUAGCUACUCAGGAGGCAGAGAUCAGGAGGAUCGCAGUUUGAAGCCAGCCCCAGGCAAGUACUUAGAGACCCCAUCUCAAAAAAUCCCAUCACAUUAAAGGGCUGUAAGAGUGACCCAAGAGGUAAAAACCUAGCAAGCAUGAGGCCGAGUUCAAACCCCAGUGCCACCAAAAAAAAAAACAGAAGUGUGGAAGAGGUAGGUCUCCUGUAGUUGGAGACAACAGGUUUCUCCUGGGACUCCAGCCCCCAGAGUCUGAUACCCUUCGGGUCACCUAGUAAUGACUCCACAUUCAGCUGUCCAAAGUAGUCUAUCCUUGGCUACCCACAUUGCAGAUUUCAACAAGGCUCCUCCUGCCCACCCAAGAUGCCUGUUUAAGAUGAAACACAGCACACCA